AUUAGCAGUAUCAGAUGUCGUAUCUGUCAAAAUAAUGACAGAUUGAGAUCGAGAACAUACCUACAUACCUACGUUUUUGGCGAAAUAAAUUCGCCAAUUAUGUUUGUUUAAAUUCUAAUAGUGCACAAUUUUGGGUUUAAGUUUGUGGUAAAUGAAGAUAAAGUGAUACUUAUAUCAGUUUAACUAUUAAUUUGUGGCUUUCAAUACAGCUAUUAUGAAACUACUGUCAAGAUGCAACUUAAUUAAACAUGUCUCACUUUUAUACCGGCCCAAUAUUAAACAAGACCACGUUAUGUGCAUUAGAGAAUAUGUUACUGUCCUUUCUAAUACAAGACAAAGGAUAAAACACUUACCAGUCACAUCUGUGUCAUAUUUGCAUUAUUCUGAUGAUAAGAAACCAUUUCUAACCUUUGAGAAGAAGACGGAUGCUCUAAAGGAUGCAUUUGAACAUAAAAAGGUACAGUUCAAAGACACAGAGCACCGUAUUAGACAAAAAGGUGAAGAAAUAGUGAGGGACAUAAAGCAUCAGAAGGAAGUUACUGGCCAGAAAUUAAGAGUAAAGAAAGAAUAUAUCAUAAAAGACUUACUCGAAACCAAAGCAAAAGUUAAAGAAAGAUUCGAAGAAGUGGUAGAGAAAGAGAAUGUCUUCACAGUACCAAAUAUCCUCUGCUUCACAAGAAUAGCCCUCUCACCUUAUUUAGGAUAUACAAUAAUCCAUGAAGACUACAAUGUUGCUCUUGGAUUGUUAGUUUUUGCUGGUGUCACUGACUUGUUGGAUGGAUGGAUAGCCAGAAAUUGGAAGGGUCAGUCAACUAAAAUGGGCUCAUUCUUAGAUCCAAUGGCAGACAAAGUUCUAGUGGGGACACUCUUCAUAUCACUAACUUACCAAAACUUAAUACCUCUGUCCCUGACACUGCUAAUAGUCAGUAGAGAUGUUGCAUUGGUGAUUGCUGCUUUUGUUAUCAGAUACAUGAGUCUACCACCACCUAGAACACUAAGCCGUUACUUCGACGUGACUCACGCCACGGCGCAGCUCGCUCCUACAUUUAUAAGCAAAGUCAACACUGCCAUACAGCUUUUACUGGUGGGCACGACAUUAGCAUCCCCUGUAUUCGGCUUUGUGGACCAUCCCGCACUGCAAGCUCUGUGCGGAGUGACCGCAGCGUCUACUGUAGUGUCAGCCAUCAGCUACCUAGUUAGUAAGGACACAUAUAAAUUUUUGAAGAACAAGUCCUGAAACUUGUAAAUUUUUGUUUGUUGAAAAUCAUUUUUGUUAUUGUAUAGUCUUCCAUAAAUGUUUGUUUCGUAGAUAAGUGUUAACUUAUGAUAAUUACCUUGACAAAUGUAAAUAAAUCUAUUGAUAUACAAACAAACACCUAUUUCCGUUAAUCACCUUUUAAUUUUCUGGCAUCAUAUUAUUAGGAUUUUUUUAAGGAGGAUUGGAAUUCUGUGAAAUAAAGAGCAAUCAGUUAC